AUGUGGAUUGACGACUAUUCCGACGACGACGAUGAAGAACAAAAUACAGGUCAAAAAAGUGGUCAAAUAACUGAAAAAAAUCCAAAUGAUGAAAAAAAAGAUAAAUGUAAAUGUUCCAAAGGAUGUACAAAGCGAACAUGUGCUUGCUUCAAAUUUGGUAGUGGAUGUAAUGCAUCAUGUGGAUGUGGACCAUCUUGUCAAAAUAUGUUCAAUCAUUUAGAAUAUUUCUUUGGUAACGAAAAAAAAUAUUCAGCUAAUCCUUGUUUUUCCAACUGGCUUGUGGAAAAUGUUAAAAAUGCUGAUGAAUUAAAACAAAUUGAUCGAAAUCAGUUACAAGAACGGAUCAUGAAAGCUGCUUGUUAUUCUGAUGCGUGCGGAUUUGAUGAUGAACUUGGAAAAUGGGCAAAAAAAUGGAAGAAAAUUAGCAAUGAUGAAAAAUUAGAUCAUAUACAAAAAUUUUUUCGUAUGCUUUUAUCUAAUGAAGAUUCAAGAUAUUAUUAUUCAUUCUGUCGAGAAGAUUUUGAACAAGAAGAUUGUACAUGGCACUGUGUUAAAUGUCAAGAAUGUAAUGAUUGGAGAGAAUGGCAUUGUGGUGAAUGUAAAAAAUGUACUUAUGGUAUAAGUCUUCCAUGUAACGGCUGUGGUGGAAGAAGUGAAAUGUCAAAUAUUUGUUAG